GAGGCGACUGUGGUAGAAAACCCUACCAUGUCCAUCCGGAAGUCAUCCAUCAUUGAUUCCGUGGUCAGGGUUCCCUCGCCCGCGAUAGGAUUAGCCGUGGCUGCCGACGGGCAGACAGCGCUACGUUACCUGUGUCGGCCGCCCGGCUUCGUGGGUACCCUAUCUCUCAUACGCCUUCUCUUGCGUUACGGGGCGGACGUGAACAGCCCGGAUGCCCACGGCCGCACCGCACUCCACCAUGCCUCCACAUUUAGUCGCGGCGGCGACCAGGUGCGGGAGCUGAUCGAGUUCCAGGGCGGGCCUGCAGUUUCGGGGCUCGUCAUCGAUGCGUUCGACUCCAGGAGCUGGACGCCUCUCCACUACGCCUGUCUCUUCAGGUCCUGGGACGAGCCGGGCGACAGAGCCGUUGCCGCCGCGCGGUUACUGCUGGAGAGCGGCGCGGAUGUCCGUGCCAGGACCAGCAACGGCUGGACUCCGCUGUCUCUCGCUGCCUUCUCGGCCAGCCCGGACUUGGUACACGUGCUGCUCGACCACGGCGCGCACGCAGACGACCUACUCCUCUCGCGCCUCUCCCGCAACGCCGAACCGACCCUGGUCCCGAUCGGCCGCAUCGUCUUUCUCCACUGGGACUACGGCCACAGGCUGGUCGACCUGCUGCCGGAGGCGAUGAACGAACUGGCCGUCCGCAAGGCGCGCGUCGCGACACUGCUCGAGCACCGAUUAGGGAUCUCGGUCCCUCUCCCACCGAUGCAGGAACAAGCCGUGCUGCCAUUGGGGUCCAGGCUGGACCCCCAAGCCCCUGCCGCCUCCUUGCCCAAGUUUUUCGUCGAUCGGCUGGAGCACCCAUUCGGUAUCGCCGUCGAAAACCACGGCGACCUCACAGCCGACGAUUUCGAGAAGGACAUCGACGGAGUGCUCGGCGUCCUCGAUCCGCUGGGCCUUGAGGCUUUGGUUGUUCCUGUAUCCGUCCCGAUACAUCGGCCCCUCAACUGGUUGGAUAUUCCGGUCAAUGCUUCUGAUCAUCCGUGGAUUUCCCGGUAAGCUUUUUUUUACUGCGUUUCUACCAGGUCUGGUGCAUGUAAGUUUGCGUUUCUGGACCCCCC